AUGUCAAGCUUUGUCUUUGUUGCAAACCCUGGAAAGAAAAUCUCUCUUGAACACGCCACACAUCCUUGCCCACGAUGCAAACACCAAAGCUCGGUUCAACUCACGCGAUCCGAAAAACAAAUAAUCGUUCUCAACAAGCGAAUCUCUGACAAUACAAGUGUACGAUACGAAUGUUCUCAGUGCCGCUGGAAGAAUGAAGAGCUUCCCUAUGACACAGAAGCAGAAGUACGCCGCUAUCUCAACGACGCAGAGUACCAAGACGUCUUUUCCCGCCCUAUGACUGGUCAAACUUACUAG